AUGGACGCCCUACGGAAUAUGAAGUUGCCGUUUUCGAGCAAGCCGUUGCCUGCAAAAGUGGUAAUAUCAAUACGUUUGACCCUUCUGAUGACAUGCGUUAAAACAGANAUUCUGGCAAUACUGUUUCUUGCUAUUGACAAAAUCGAUGGCUUUCGACAACAUUUUGCACUCCAGAACUACACGUUACAGUAUUGCGUCUUAAACUUCCCGGGAACGAACUUGGCUAACUUGAGGAAGNNAUAUCCUUAUGCAGUACACGAACGAGUGCCGGCAGGCAUAUGCUAUGUCAUCGUUGUUAUGUGCCCUGCUGCCAUCAUCUGCUUCUGGACGCUAGUUGUUGACGGACUCUUUGCACACUCACAACCCACCGACGCUGAAGGUACUGGCAGAAGACUAGGACGCUACAGACUUGUCGACAGGCUAUGGGAACUCAAUUGCGGUAUCUUGGGCUUGGCCUUGUCAGAAGGCACCGCUUUCGUCAUCACAGAAGCUUUCCUUCAGGACACUCGAGCAGUNUCGUUCGCCGGACUUUUCUAUCUGUCAUUAUACCUGGCAGCCAAGCUCCAUAUCUGGGACUCAAGAGGUGAAGUAUGGAAGAUCUUUGUUGUCAUCAUCCCGUCUCUAGGCGCGGCCUUGAUCGCAGCAAGCAGAAUCAUGGACGCGAGGCAUCAUCCCUUUGACGUGAUCACCGGAAGUCUGCUUGGUAUAGCAUGUGCUUGGUUAUCUUAUCGUCAGUAUUUUCCUCCCGUCAGCGAGACCUGGCGCAAAGGCCGUGCAUAUCCCAUCAGGACCUGGGGACAGGAAAUGGCACCACCACCUGCAGCCAUAUCAACGGCAUACGAGCCGUAUGGCAGAAAUGGACCGGACCCACAAGGACUACCGUCGCAAAGAAGACACAUACAGCACUCGAGAAACACAGGCUCGGACAGCCAAGCGAUGCUGGCGACGCAUGCAGCACCGUUCCCGUCUGGGGGAUUGGCUGGUACCAUGUCUGAUAGACGGCGUGACGAGUGGGACGCGUCUUCAACCGAAGAAGAUGAAUUUGAGUUGCAGCAGCAGCCCAGGUAUCCACCAGGUGCGGUGAUGGGAGGGUCGACGGCGUACCUGCCUCGUACGCACGUGGGCACGACAUCAGAUCAGGUUUGA